CUGAGGUACCUAAAAGUAAGCUUCCUCUUUUUCGUAUGUAUUAGGCAUCCCGCGCAACGUCCAGGAGACCACAUCAUGGCGGCCGCUGUAAUACAAACCGGUACCUCAAGAUGGCAAUACUUAGACCGUAUUCGAAGGACACCUGGUCCUUUCAAUCAGGACUCAGACGUAAGCGAAGAAGCUCUCGCGACGCUGGACAAGACCAAGAUUCUUGUUAUUGGUGCUGGCGGACUCGGUUGUGAGAUACUCAAGAACCUCGCCCUUUCUGGGUUUAAGGACAUUCAUGUCAUAGAUAUGGACACCAUCGAUAUCUCUAAUCUCAACCGCCAAUUCCUCUUUCGCAAAGACGACGUAGGCAAGUUCAAAGCAGAAAUCGCCGCCAAGUUCGUCGAGAAACGAGUCAAAGGUGUCAAGAUUACCCCCCAUAACUGCCGAAUCCAAGAGUUCGACGAGGACUUUUACAUGCAAUUCCAGCUGGUUGUAUGUGGUCUCGACAGCAUCGAAGCACGGCGAUGGAUCAACGCGACCCUCGUGAACAUGGUGGAUAUGGAAAACCAGGACUCUCUAAAGCCAUUGAUUGACGGCGGAACAGAAGGAUUCAAGGGCCAAACUAGGGUCGUAUUCCCAACCCUCACACCGUGUAUCGAGUGCCAGCUAGACCUCUAUACUCCAAGAGCGGCCGUACCACUUUGUACAUUAGCCACCAUCCCCCGCCAGCCCGAACACUGCAUAGAGUGGGCUCAUAUUAUUGCAUGGGAGCAGGAGAAACCGUUCCCAAGCUUAGACAAGGACGACCCCGAGCAUAUCACAUGGCUAUAUCGUAAAGCCCUCACACGGGCCCAGGAAUUUGGCAUCACAGGUGUUACCUACUCACUCACCCAGGGCGUUGUCAAAAACAUUAUACCAGCAAUAGCGUCCACUAACGCUAUCAUUGCUGCGAGCUGCUGCAACGAGGCUUUGAAGAUAGCCACCGCAGCCGCGCCCGCCCUCGGGUUUGAGGAGAGCUACAUGAUGUAUUCCGGCGAUGACAGCAUCUACACGAAUACUUUCAAGUACGACAAGAAAGAGGACUGCGCUGUGUGUGGUGAAGUGGCCAAGCCGCUAGAAGUUGACCCUAAUUGGACACUGAGGGAACUCCUUGACUCCUUUUCCACAAAGGCUGAUCUCCAGUUGAAGAAGCCCUCAAUCAGAGCCGAGGGCAAGACGUUAUAUAUGCAAUUCCCACCAAGCAUCGAAGAGCAAACCCGAUCAAACUUGGACAAGACUCUGAAGGAAGGUUUGGGGCUGGACGUAAAUCACGAAGUUGCCGUGACGGAUCCGGCAUUCCCAGCACUGACUUUUAGGUUCAUUUUACGUUUCGCAUAAGCAAAGGUGUUAUAGGAGCAUGAUACCACAGUCUCUCGGGAGGACUUUACUGCGCUUGUUUAGUUGGCCAACCUUGCUAUAAAAGUUGAUUCUCCCCAAUCAUACGCAUAGACAUGUUCGUACUAGUCACGGGUAAAGAUACAACCGUUUUACUCAAGCAAGUUUACUCAAGCAAGGAUCCUUACUGAGUUUUCAAAGGGUAUAAAGUCACUUUAUAAACAUAGUUUCAGGAGACGUGCUCCGCCACGUCAGCUAGUAGUCCAAUUCUCUAAGGUAGCUCCUAAACCGACCGCUUGCGUUGUUUAUAGCUACCUUAGAUACCUAUAGGUAAACGAAUUCCAUGUCUUACAAAUUGUUGCAGUUUGAAACCAGACCUAUCUUCUGUCCAUGUAAGUCACCCCAUAGGUUUUACUCUUUCGACGCAUAUUCUACGGGGGAGGGUUGAUACAUGACACGAUCAUAUUCUCUUUAGGUAUUCCUCCCUUUAUUCAGUUUAAUUUAGGGUCACGACUACAAGAUAUAAAUAUUGAGUUAAUAGCCACCAUGUUAUUCUAUCAUCUAGCAUAGCACGCC